UUCGUCUUCCUUCUGAUCGAAACCUAUACAUCCAGUGUAAACGACUGGUUUGCUAGAAUGGAACCGAAGGCUAACCGAGUUGGUAGCAUCCAAGGUCAUGACACCACAUCUGCUUCGAUCCGAAUCAAAGGGGAUAGCGUUCGAUCAGAACAAGAUCAUGCUUGUUUCAAACCUUCCUGUGAGCACCUCCUUUCUUUUUGUCAUCUAUACUAUCUCGCGCUUCUAUUUUCUUCGUCAUAAUAUUUUUCUUCACGUUCGCCCUGUUUCUGUUCGCCGUUCCUCUUGCCCAUUACUCUUCUAAAUGAUGGAAUGCAGGUUCGAAGUAACACUCAGCUUAGACAAGCUCGGU